AUGGAUCGUGCCAUUCCAACGGCGUCUCGAAUUCUUGAUAAGAAGUGGCGAGAAGAGCGCGACUUUAAGGAUAAGCAGCGCCUGGCACGACUGAAGCCGUCUGUAGAUAACGCAGCCCCCAAACAAUAUACUCACAUCAGUCGCUUCACCAGCAACCACAUCCCGUUUCGGGAGCACGAAAAUGCGCGGCAGGUAGAUAAGGAAAAUAAGCGCGUAUACCGCAAGAUAACUGAGAUAACCAAGGGAGCGGGGGAGUAUAGCCAGGCGCGGCUUCUUGUUCAACAGCGUCCCAUCGAUUACUGUGAUCUCAACUCCAAGACAGGCUCGCCCAUGAAUGCUGUGAAGAGGCGAAUGCGUGAAGAGCAAGAGUUGACUGCUGCCUGGAUAGCUGCCAUUCAGAGCAAAAAUCCUGAGAAAAGGGCGCGAAGCACUAAGCUUACAAGCAACCCUACCCGGAAAGUCCCUAUUCCCAAUAUUAAGCCUACCCACUCAAUCGCAAAGCUGGAAGAAGAAUAUUUCAACACGCGGGCGCCGGCGAUGCUCAUGUGCACAGAAAAGCCUGCACUGCAGAGCAUCCAGGAAUUCAGCGACUUCCGUUCGGAGAUAAUGCAUGAGUACAGUAAGAGCGAAUCGAUGAUGGCAAUUCAGAGCAUGUCGUCCCCCGGAAAAAGCCCGAUCAAGCUCAUAUACAAGACCCCGAAGAGGUCAGUCACCCGUACAAUGAUGUCUGGCUCGGCAAAGUCCACGGGUAGCUCUACCAAGAUGCUCAGCGACUCCAUGGUCCACCAGAAGCCGGUCGGUGUCUUGCCCUCCAUUGCCGCCAAACCCUGGCGAGCAGCCGAAUCAUCUCUCGGGGAUGGCUCCAGCUUGAACAGCCCUGACAGACCGCAGCGACGCCAUGAACGCACCGAAGCAGGACACCCCCAGACAACGUCAAUUUACAACGCCCCUUCAUUCUCUGAAUUGUAUAUGAGCACACGCGCAACGGCAGGAGAGUCAAAGGCCCUCGACACUCCCGCUUUUUCAAGAGUUUGCCAGGCACAAGACAAUGAGUCCACUUGUGAAGUCUCAUACGCCCAGAAGGGUUCCCAGCCAGAGACGUCCGUGUCACACGAGACGUAA